AUGGAGACGACGACGGCCACAACUGCAUCAUGUAGGGAUAGGACACGCCCACGCCUAGUCUACCGCACCGCUGCCGAGCUGAUGGCCGAUCGCGACGUGCAGCACUUCUCCCCAGCGCGUGCGUACCUAGCUUGCGCUCGAAGUUGCGCACUCGACCGAGAAGAGGCGCGUCUCCACGGGGAGCGUGGUGCGCAGCUGGCCCACCAGCUCGUACGAGGCCGUCAUGGCCCGGUUCGGCCGCGAGAGGAGGGCCUGGCCGGCGAUCAUUACCGCCGCUUCAUGGCCGUCCUGUCCUCGGUCGCCGUCCCGCCGCCCGGGUUAUCACCGUGGGUGAUGCUGUCCGCUCUGAACGUGAAUUAA